AUGGUAUUCGUAGCGAAGUCGGCAGAAUGUGAUAGCACGCCGCCCACGUUUGUAGAUAGAGAUUCCGAGCGUGGACUCCGGCGCGACUGGCAUUAGUUUAUGCAUGUGUUGAUCUUGCUCUAGUAGCGCAACAACGACAGUGUCUGAUGGAGCGGUGAAUAUUGGUGGGGGCUUUGACCCGGAGGCCGGGUUUCCCCCUGCUAUUUUAUUGCGUUGGUUUUUGUCUUGUAGUUUUUUGGUCAC